AUGAGCAGGAAACCUAACGUGGCUGUCAUCGGAGCUGGGUUCUCAGGCCUACGGUGUGCCGACAUUCUGAUACAGAAUGGCGCUCGGGUAACCAUCUUUGAAGCAAGAGACAGGAUAGGAGGACGGGUUCAUCAAACCAAGGUCGCAGACCAUCUUGUAGACCUCGGUCCUAACUGGAUCCACGGCACUGGAACAAAUCCCAUUGUUGCUAUUGCAGAAUCAACAAACACGACGAUUGAGGACUUUGAAGGUGACCCAGUCAUAUACUCAACUGAUGGCCAGCUUCUCGACGCAGACAUCGCCACGAAGAUAUCUGAGUUCCUGUGGGCCACCAUCGAAGAAGCGUUUGAAUACAGCAAUGCACAUAAAGACACCAUCCCCGCUGAUCGAAGUCUCCUGGACUUUUUCAGAGAGAAGCUUGAAGAGACAGACUUCACUCCCAAGGAGAAACAUUUGUGCAUUGAAACAUGCCGGCUAUGGGGUGCUUACGUUGGGGACCCCAUCGAAAGACAAAGCAUGAAGUUCUUCUGCUUGGAAGAAUGCAUAGAUGGGAAUAACUUCUUCGUUGCAGCAACUUAUAAAGCAAUCCUCGCACAUGUCUCGCAAACAGCCCGCCAGCAUGCAGCCAUUCGUUUUAAUGAACCAGUCGUGAAGAUCGAGUCGAAACCUCAUGAAGGGUCCGUCAGACCACAUGAGAUCACAUUGACAACCGCCACCGGGCAAUCGUCUUCGUUCGACGAAGUCGUGGUCACCUGUCCGCUCGGCUGGCUGAAGCGCAACAAAGCAGCAUUCACGCCAGAGCUCCCUCCACGGCUCAUCCAAGCUAUAGACAGCAUCUCGUACGGCCGCCUGGAGAAAGUCUACGUGACAUUUCCCACGGCCUUCUGGCAUCCAAAGUCUUCAACAACUACCACGACAAACGGCGCAUCAUCACGACUCCACCCAUACAACAAACUAACCUUUGCGCAAUUCCUCGACCCCAACUACACAGAGCGCCCUGAAGGCAUCCUCUGGAACCAGGAGUGUGUCUCGAUGGCCGCGCUCCCCGCACCCUGCGCGCACCCCACCUUACUCUUCUACACUUACGGCCCCUGCGCCACGCACAUCGUGAACAGAUUCGCGCAUAUCGACCCCUCAUCCCAGGAGUACUACGACUUCCUCGACAACUUCCUCCGCCCAUUCUACUCCCGUCUGCACGGAUACGCAGACGGCUCUCCGGACUGCAAACCGCGCGCGUUCGUCGCGACGCAGUGGCAGAACGACCCGUACGCGGGCAACGGGUCGUACUGUAACUUCCAGGUCGGGCUCGAGCAGGGAGACCGGGAUAUUGAGGUGCUCCGCGCGGGGCUGGGCGUCGACCGCGGCGUGUGGUUUGCGGGGGAGCAUACGGCGCCGUUUGUGGCUCUCGGAACGACGACGGGGGCGUAUUGGAGUGGAGAGCGCGCGGCUGGGCAGAUUUGUAGGUUGUAUGGGCUUGGGAGUGUGGGGAUAGGGGCUGGGAGAGAUGAUUCUUUGCCGUCGGCGGUGGCGAAGGGGGGUGGUUGGGGGAGAUAG